AUGGCGUUCAACUUCAACUGGUCGCCGCUGAUGGCGGACGCGAGUUUUUACACUCGCGCCCAGGAUCUCUUAACCGCCGCGCUCAAUAAAUCGCCGAAGCCUCCCAUCAUCGUCGAUGAUAUCCUUGUCACGGAGCUCAAUCUCGGUUCCAUUCCUCCGGACCUGGAAAUCUUGGAAAUUGGCGACUUAGCGGAGGAUCGCUUUCGAGGCAUCUUUAAGAUGUCAUACACCGGCGACGCCUUUCUGACCCUAAAGACUCGCGUUCAAGCGAAUCCUCUUAAUACCUAUCUCUCUACAAGGCCCUCGUUCGCGUCGCCGUUGCCUUUGGCCGCAGCGACUCCUUUGACCAUCCCUCUCCAAAUCACUCUGUCCGACUUCAAACUCUCCGGUUUUGUCAUUCUGGUCUUUUCCAAGCAAAAAGGAAUCACAGUUGUUUUCCGCAACGACCCUCUUGAGUCACUGAAAGUCUCAUCUACAUUCGACUCCAUCCCGUUUGUACGCGAUUUUUUGCAGAAAGCGAUCGAGGCACAACUUCGAAUAUUGUUCAUGGAUGAAUUGCCCGCCAUCAUACAUCGACUCUCCCUACGUCUGUGGGUGCCCGAGUAUCGAGCCGGGGAGGAAAUGCAGAAUCAGGCGGAGGUCAACACGGCUGCCGAAGGCCCUGGUCACGACCCAUUGGCAAGUCCUCCCCAGGAUCCCGUGGAUGCCCAGGGUAAUGCUUUGAACGAUUCGGAUAUUGCAUCGCUUUCGUUGGAUUCUUCUGUCGAAACCCACUCCUUGUUUUCGCAAAAAAAUCUUCUACGGUUGGCUACUCUGACCGAUUCGCAACGUACAUUAUCGCUUUUUACCCCCUCGAUUCAGGAAGUGGUCUACCGCGCAUGGACAUCGCCGUCCGAUCAGGGCGAUAUCAGUGGAAGCGUGAUGUCCCCCUCGAGCCCGGCACUUUCUCGAACUCAUUCUCAGGUGGGCAGCAUGGCAUCCUUCCACGAUAAUGCCAGCAUGGUGUCGACACACAGUCGAUCAUCCGCCUCCACCCACUCUUUCAGCAGCUACGGCUUAAGCUUAGGAGCCGGUCGUCAUUCGAAAGCCCAUGCCAGGAAGCGAAAGAAGCGCGUGGUGGACCUGCGCCGUCCAAAGGCUAGCGACGAUUCGGCGAGUAUUAGCGAUGAAAGUGCUUUUACGGAGACGACAAGCGCGCCGUCAGUGUGCUCGGCUCCUCUCCCUGUUGUCAGUGAACAGCCCGAUGAUCCGGUAACACCUCCUUUGUCCCCGGAAAGUGAUCUGCACCUUCCGGCCAUCCCUGAGCGUAAUCGCACAAGUAUCUCUCACCCUGCACUACGUCGCAACAUCGCAGCAGAGAUGUUAUGUGAGACUGGAGAGUCCUCUUCGGCUGCACUGCCCCGGCAUUUCGGGGACGCGGAUGCAACCCCUCGGGGUACCGUACGUUCGCAUGGGAUGUCUCGGCGCGAUAGCCAGAAACAGGAAUCUGAGCCCUCGCAGCAACUGCCUGCUACUAUCCUCCCAUUUACCGAGGACAAAUCCGGUCCCAGUGCGGUUGAACAGGCUUUGGUGGAAAGACUGGCGGGAGAAAUUGCCCGUCGCAUGCGAGAUGAAAAACUAAUGGCCACCAACUCUUGUGGUGUCUUUUGGGACCGUCCCAAUCAUGAGGAAUAUCCUCCACCGGCCUACGGUCAGUAA